AUGGCAUUCUAUGAAUUGAAUGUAUUCGUGCUGAUCGUGGUCAAUGUCGUCCUCUUCCUUCGCCAGCAUGAGAGGAGCAAGCCCCAGGCUCCGAAACCAUCCAUCGAUGAAGAGAUCUCGAAGGUUCUGAACAUGGAGGACUCCGAGACCGAACCGCAGCUGCCGUCAGGUGCAGCGAAGAUCUUCGUGAAACAAUACUUGAUCGGUCACCUGCUUGCGUUCGCUGGCGACUGGCUACAGGGGCCUCAUCUGUAUGCAGUCUACAAAUACGACAAGCGGCUUCCAGAGACGAGAGUUGCAUUGCUGUAUGCCACAGGGUUCAUAGCCGCUGCUGUGAGCGCCACUGCCGCUGGUCAACUCGCAGACAGAUUCGGCCGGAGAAGAGCAUGUCUGGUGUACUGUGCAGCAUACUCGGCGUGCUGCUUGUCGCUAUUAUCAGACAACAUCUAUAUCCUCUUGGCUGGCAAAUGGUGUGGAGGCGUCAGCACCACGCUGUUAUACAGCGUGUUCGAUGUCUGGAUGAUCACAGAAUACAACAAGCGAGGCUUGCAGAGCAGCGGCGUCUCACUAGGCACGGUGUACGGAUGGCUGACAUCAUUGAACUCAGUCGUAGCAAUAACGACUGGUGUCGUUGGUGAAAUGCUGGUGGGGUGGACCGGCGCCAAAGUCUCUCCUUUCAUGCUGGCCACGGUCGUUUUCAUGUUGGCGGCGAUAUGGAUUUCUUCAACAUGGCCGGAGAAUUUCGGCAGUGGAGCGUCCGAUGGACAAGAUGACAGCUUUUUGACAGUCACUGUGAUUGCAGCCCGGAAAAUGUGGACAGAUGAACGGGUAUUCGCCCUUGUUACCGCAUCGUCAAUUUUCGAGUCGAUGAUGUAUCUCUUCGUCUUCUUCUGGUCAGCAGCGAUAGUUAGUGCCCGCCAAAGUGCUGGCGUCAAAGAUGCACCUCCUUUCGGUCUAAUAUUCGCUAGCUUCAUGUGCGCUAUGAUGGCCGGCUCGAUGAUUUUCAACAGCAGCACUUCCCGUGGCGUUGCGGACACUUCCAGCCUGCUCGAGGUUACCCUUGCCAUUGCCAGCACAGCCUUGCUGUCGGCGAUUAUUCUUACGGGCCACGAGUAUCUGGUGUUUUGGAUGUUCUGUCUUGUCGAGGUGUGUGUGGGCAUGUACUACCCAAGCAUGAACUUUUUAAAGAGCAACAUCAUCGAAGAUGCGUCGCGAGCCAAGAUAUACAACUUCAUGAGGAUCCCGCUGAGCGUCUUCGUCAUCACGGCUCAUUCAUUCGCAGAAGAAGGCGAUCACCAUCGGAACAACGUAUUCCUUAUAUUCGGCGGAGCAUUGCUGGCAGCUCUUUUCGUCGCGCAGCGAUUCCUGGCGCAGGAGAGGCGUUCUGCGACUUCGUGA